GAAAUAUGUUAUUGUGUGCAGGAAAUUCCAUAAGAUGCGUGUCGCCGAAGGUAAAAAAAAGGAGAAAAUAAAUGGCUUGUUCCGUAUUAUAAUGAAUUGAAUAGGAAUUUUUUAAUGUGAGCAGUGUUGCAUAAUCCUUAUUUUCCUUGUUAUGCAGAUGUUGUACGGAUCAUAGAGAGAAGGUUAGACGACAUUGACAGAUUUGUGAGUUCUGACCUAUCAAUAACGGAACUAAGACGAGUGCAACGGCUUCUGGAAAAGGUACAGAGAAAUUUUGAAAGGAUACGAGAUUCUAUUAAUGACAGUUUUAAACGUUACACGAUAUCCGACAGAAUAGACAGGUUGGUUCAAACUAUGUCAGGAGACUUGCAAACAACCAACUCCCCUUCCGUCACUAUGACCAAUAGCGGCACUCAACCAAGAAGCAGAACUGGUAGAAGAGGUGCACCUGAAGUCGCCAUCGACAAACAAAACUUAGAGCACCUACUUUCUAGGGAUUCAGUGUACGGCAAAUUGCUUCUCAUGGACGUCUUGGUGAAAAAGUACACAACCUAUAUGUUUAUGAAAAAAACAAUAUGGACAGUCAAAAAAACCGUUUUAGCGAAGUGCUCCUGACUCCGUACUCAAAGAAAAAAUCAUUGAACUGAACAAACUUUACCCAAACUCUGGCUAUUGAGAAAUGGUUUCUCUUUUACGAUCUCAGUACCCUCCUAUGAUAAUUCAACGAGAAAGAGUUCGAACUAUGCUGGCAGAAGUUGAUCCUGUUGGUACAGCUAAUCGCUUGGCACAAACUGUUAAACGUAGGGUGUAUGCCGUUCCAACGCCAAAUUCGUUGUGGCAUAUCGAUUCUAAUCAUAAGAUUAUCAGCAGGGUCGGAUCCAGCUAUAGGCGAGGUAGGCUAAAGCCUACAUUGUGAUGGAGCUAUUAAAAUCCUGCAUAUGAUAAUUCUAUGGAGAAGCAGCUCGUGAGAGAAUCGACAAGAAAUAUCCAUAGAUCGCGCGCGGUCAUCGUGUACGUGAAAAUGUUAUAGCCAGUGGCGCUUUGAAUCCCGUUUGUUUACGUUGUCUCGAUAAUCUAACAAUUUUUGUCUUUCCAAUCGAGACACGCCAAUCUGCCUUAGAAAAUCACUUGUCCUAAAACUCGCAAAUAGGCUAAAGUCUGGAUAGCUGUUUUUAGUAACCCAUGGCACACAGUUAUUUCAACGGGGAUUUCAAAUUCGCGAAAACACAGUCUAGUUGCCUACUACUUUUCACUCGCAAGUAGGCUGAAAUUCAACUCGCAAGUAGGCUCAGAGGACUGGUGACAAAACUCAAAUUCGGGUCAAAGUUCAGUGAGCCAGAGAAUAGAUGAUCAAACAUGGCUUCUAGAUACUGCUCAGAUAUGUGUGUUUCGUGAGAUUUGUGUUUCAGUUGAAAAUUCACAAUUGUAAAAUGAAAGAAGUUCAAAUGCUCAAACAAUGGAAACAAAAGUUCAAGGAUGGAAUUUUUUUAUACAUGGUUGUAUCAAUGGAUAUUCUCUCCUUAUUACGAAUCUUGACAUGACGACGGAUAAUACUGCUGUUACGGCAUACAACUGCUUUAUAAAAGGUGUGCAAGAGUAUGGGAUACCGUCAAGAAUUCGUAUGGACGGUGGUACAGAAUUUAAUCAUGUAGAAGACUUUAUGAACCAGGUAUCUGAUAGUAAACGGCGUAUAAGAGGCAAGUCAGUCCAUAACCAAAGAAUCGAACGGCUAUGGAGAGAUGUAUAUACAAAUGUUUUGUGUGCAUAUCGUGAAUUAUUUAAUCAAAUGGAGACUCUUAAUAUAUUGGACGUGAAAAAUGAUAUACACUUGUUUGCAUUACAUUAUGUUUUCAAACCGCGUAUUGCUGCCAGUUUGGAGGGUUGGAUAAGGGCACAUAAUGAACAUCUGCUUCGUUCGGAAAAUAGUUUUUCAAUUUGCAAUUGUGGCAUAAGGGUUGUAUACAGAAUAGAGAUGAAGACCUAACAUCCAUGAACAAUAUUUUCCGUAUAAGGAUAAUUACGGAUUUUCAGACAAACAAUUUGGUUGAACUGAAUUACAUUUGUAAUGUUUUAAGUCGCAUCCCUACACCUUUAAGAAAUACGCAGUUAAUCUAUUUAAAGACGAACACGUCACCUCUUGCUAAUUCAGGUUGCGUUGAAGGCUAACUUAAGUUUCGUUUAUUUCGCAGAAUCGUGUUUUUCUUUCUUUUGUGUGAAAUUUUCAAUCCUUCAAAUCUAAGUCUGCGAGUCCCGCGAAGUACGAGUAAAGUAUGUAAAAUAAGAUCUAUUAGCCUUCUACAUGAGAAUGAAAAUUACAAAGUGCACGCACAAUGAUAAACUCGACCAGUUUAGUCUUAAAAUUUAAAUUCUAGAGGUUUUGCUCCAGACAGACAGAGUAGAACAGGACUUCUGUAAAGGGUACAAGGGUUUCAACUGAUAUUCCUGAACCAAGGUACCCAAAAUGUCUAGCUGAGUCACCUCAAAAGAGGUCUGCGAACAGUCUUUAGCAGGAACUAGACAUUUCUUUCAUCCAUAACUUUUCAUAUGUCUUACUCUGUACGAUCUUGUGUGACUGGGGUAAGAAGUGGAGUCGUCACUCUCCAAAGAUAAGACCAGUGCAGUCAAACCCCCUUGGUUUAGACUAUUCGAUUACUAGAGUGAUCAGAAAUUGGAUCAAGAUACAGAUGAUUGAGUACAGGAAGCUGUGUUAAAGCGAAAGAAAGCAAAAGCAAGUUGUAAACUCGAAGAUAUUUCAGUAGAAUCAAAUUUAAACUUAGAUGUUGUACGUAAGUCUUUAUCACGUUUAGUUGAAGCAGGAAAGUUGACGAAGAGAUUGUAUCGGAGUAAUGACACCUACACACCGGUAGACCACAGUAGUAGCAAAACGUUGACAGUGAAUCAAUCUUGUAAAGAACCUAUUUAUGGUGAGAACAACGAGGGAAAUGUUUCAUACAAUGCUGGUGACGACGCCGUAGACUUCAGAAAAUUCGUGUUUGAUAAACUAGUUUCACUGCAACAUGAAAUUGAACAACUUAAGGAUAACACCCGUAUCAAAACAGACAGUUCUCAAGAAAUCAUCAAGGGCAAGGACGCUAUAAUUAAUUUGUUAAGGGAGGAAAACCGUUUUUUAAGACAGGAAAAUCUAGAACUCAUAAAAGUGUUACAAGCUGGUUCUCUACAUCAAAAUGACAAAACGAAUAUCCCUAUGGGAGAACAAAAAUUAAAACAUCAAAAAACAAUUAGCAACAAUAUAUCGAACUCUCCGCUGUUAAACGAUAAAGAACAAAAUAAAUCACAACCAAGGAACCCGGUAGGAGACCCGAAAAGUCAGAAUCAGAAGCGUAAAAAUAUUGAAUCAAGAAAUAAUGAAUCUAAAACCACCAACAACAACAUAAACAAUAAAAAACAUGUGAUGAUAAUUGGAGAUUCAAUGGUUAAAGAAAUAAAUCCACGGGGUAUUUCCCGCUAUCAUAAGGUCGACGUCAGAAGCCACUCUGGAGCUACAACAUCAGACUAAAUUGACCAUAUCAAACCUUAUGUUAGAAAGAAACCCGAUAUCAUAGUAAUUCAUAUCGGAACAAAUGACUUAACAAAUAAAGUUACCACACUGAAGAAAAUAAAGAACGUAAUAGCUGCUAUUCGAAAAAUUGACAGAGAUUAAAAUAUCGAGAUUAUAUUAUCAAGCAUAAUUGGAAGAAAAGAUCAAGAUCUAACGGCAGAAAUUAAGUCCGUGAAUGAAAAACUUAAAAGUUAUUGUGAAAGUAAAGGUAUGUUUUUCAUAGAAAAUGAUGAUAUUGAAGAAUCGUGUUUAAACAGAAGAAAGCUCCAUUUGAACAUGUAUGGAUACUCUGUGUUUGCUAAUAAUAUUAAUAAUUGUUUAAAUUCAUUAUGAAUAUGUAGAAAUAGUGAAUCUAAUCACUGAAUCUAAAUUAGAUGAAUAUUUGGUUACUUGAAUAUAAACUCAAUAAGAAAUAAGUUUGACAGUUUACGUGAAGUAAUUGGUGAAAACGUAGAUAUUUUAUUAAUUGCUGAGACGAAAAUUGACAUGUCUUUCCCAAGCACUCAGUUUGAAAUCCCUGGUUUUCACACACCUUAUCGCUUUGAUGUUAGUAACAAAAGUGGUGGUUUACUUAUCUACGCGAAAGCUAUUUUACCUACACGAGCCUUACUAAAAUAUAACAUACCUGCAGACAUUCAAGCUUUAACUAUUGAAAAUUAAUUUCAGGAAAGAAAAAUGGUUUGUUAUAUCUAUUUACAAACCUCCUUCUCAAAACAAUGGAUACUUCCUAAAAUUUACUUGAUCAUCAUCCACGAUAACUUUAUAUUGAUGGGAGAUUUUAAUCUAACACCAAACCAAGUAAAUAAAAAACUUUAUGUCUUCACAUAAUUUAGUCAACUUGAUUAAAGGCGACACAUGUUUUAAGGGCUUAGGCUCAAAAAUUGAUUUAAUCCCCACAAAUCGAAAGUAUUCGUUUAAAAAUACUACUUCUUAUGAAACUGAUAUCAGUGAUCAUCACCACAUGAUUUACUCAAUGUUGAAAACAUCAUUUCAGAAAGAAGAGGCUAAAAUUAUAACCUACAGGUGUUACAAGAAAUUUAAAGGAGUUUUUUCAGCAAGACUUAAAAAAUGCAAUGAAUAAUAGAGAUAAACAAUAUGAAACAUUCCAAACAAACUAUGUCACUGUGCUUGAUAAACAUGCUCCUAAUAAAAACCCACACAUAAACAAGGCGUUACGUCAGGCCAUUAUGAAACGUUCUCAAUUGAAAAAUCGUGUCAAAAAAACAAGAAACACGUCGGACAUUAUAAGCUUUAACAAACAACGUAACUAUGGGAUAAAACUUAACAAACUCGCUAAAUUAGACUACUUUAGUAAACUUGAUAUUCGUGAAAACACAAAGCCUUUCUGGCAAACAUGUAAACCAUAUUUUUCUAAUAAGCACGCACAGGGUGAUGCUAAUAUUAUAUUAAUUGAAAACGAUUAAAUUAUAAUGGAAAAUAAAGACAUUGCCGUAACUCAUUGGACCUUUA